AUGCCCCGACAGAACACCGCCACCAAAGGGCGCCGCCACGGCAAGUCCGGUCCGCCUGGCUUCCGGGCAGUCCGGCGCCAAGGGUGCCGCGGUAACGAGGGGCCCAAGGCAGCGUCGGACUCCAGGGGCCUCGUGUGUGAGGCCGGCCAGCCCGGCCUGCCCGGCGAGCAGGGCGCCCCCGGGCGGCCCGGCAAGGACGGUGCCGACGGCGAGAAGGCAGUCGGCGCGCCCGGCCCGAUGGGUGCGCCCGGCUUCCCGGGACCCGCGCGGUCCGCCUGGCAACAGGGCAGUCCCGGGCUGCCUGGACAGAAGGGAGAGCAGGGCCUGACCGGCACCCGCGGCCUGAAGGGCUCGUCGGGCGCCAAGGGCGACUCUGGUGAGGCCGGGGCGCGCGGGGCGCCAGGGCCGCCGGGCUCUGCCGGCCGGCGCGGCCGACGUGGUCUGCGCGGCCCGCCGGGUCUGCUCGGGCCGCAGGGGGCGAGCGGGGGAAUGCAGGGGCGCACUGGCAGUCCGGGACGCCCCGGCCGCACCGGAGACCGCGGCCUGCCUGGAGCCGACGGCAAACCUGGCGAGAUGGGCGCCACCGGCUCCACCGGCCUGCCCGGCCCAAUCGGACCCAUCGGCGCGCAGGGACGACCGGGAGAACCGGGCAAGGACGGCAAGGCGGGCGACGCUGGCCCUCCGGGUCCUCGCGGCGACGCCGGCCGCGACGGACCCAUGGGUCCCAUCGGACCACCGGGACCGCCCGGCUCGGCCGGAGCGCGUGGGCCCGUCGGACAGUCGGGAGCCAGAGGAUUCCAGGGUCCACCGGGCACGCCCGGCAGUCCCGGUAACCCCGGCAAGGACGGCGAGCCGGGCCUGCAGGGGCCCACCGGCCCACCCGGAGAGAGCGGGCCCAGAGGAUCGCGAGGAUUCAGAGGCGAGCGCGGCGCCAUGGGUCCGCCUGGGGAGGCGGGCGCUCGCGGCGAGCAGGGUGCCAUCGGACCGGACGGACCGCCCGGACCACCCGGACCCACCGGCGCCAAGGGACACCGCGGAGGACCGGGACUUGUGGGUCUACCCGGCAGGAGGGGCAACACCGGACCCGCCGGCCCGAAGGGCGAGGCCGGCUCCCAGGGCAAGAUCGGACCGGAGGGCCCCACCGGCCGCCCGGGACCGCAGGGCAUCCAGGGCGAGCUGGGCCCGGUCGGGCCGCCCGGCCAGUCUGGCGAGCGCGGCGAGCCAGGCUCGUCGGGGCCGCCCGGCGAGCUGGGCAAGCCCGGCCUCAUGGGCGCUCGUGGUCCGCCCGGACCGCAGGGACUGCGCGGCUUCCCAGGACAGCAGGGCAUCACCGGCUCCACCGGACCCAAGGGACAGCAGGGACUGCCCGGACAGAAGGGUUCGCAAGGAAACCCGGGCACCGAAGGCAAGCCGGGUCCGUCGGGACCGCCAGGCCCGUUCGGCCUGACCGGCUCCAAGGGCUCUCGCGGCGAUCCGGGCCCGGUGGGACCGCAGGGCACUUCCGGUGCGCCCGGCCGGCCGGGCGAGCAGGGGCCACAGGGCCUGCAGGGCGCCACCGGACAGCCGGGCCUGGCCGGCCUGCCCGGCAUCAAGGGCGCGCGCGGCGACCUCGGCCGGCCCGGCCUGCAGGGCUCCGCCGGCAGCCCGGGAAAACCGGGCCCCGAGGGCAUCAAGGGCAGCUUUGGCGCGCCUGGCCUGCCGGGCCUGGUCGGACCCAUCGGACCGCCCGGCGCCGCUGGAGAGCGAGGCCUCCCAGGCCUGCCCGGAGGCUCCGGACCCAAAGGACCGCAGGGCUUGCGUGGAUCGCCGGGCGAGGCUGGAGAGCCGGGCCAGCGCGGCCAGGAGGGCCCCUCGGGCCAGCCCGGCCUGCGCGGACCGCCGGGCAAUCCGGGACCGGCCGGCGAACAGGGACCCAGCGGGCCCGAGGGCAAGAUGGGCGCGCCUGGCAUCAGCGGCCGGCCCGGAGACAAGGGACCGCCUGGCGACGUCGGCCAGCCGGGCAUCUCUGGACCACCCGGACUGCAGGGAGCUCCUGGCCCCGUCGGCCCGUCCGGACCGACGGGCGAGCGCGGCGAUCGUGGCGAGCCCGGCGUCCAGGGCGUCGAGGGGCCUACCGGCGAGAGGGGCAAGCAGGGUCCGCCCGGCUUGCAGGGACCCAGGGGCGAGCGUGGCGUGGAGGGCGUCAAGGGCGGCAAGGGACAUCGAGGUCUGCUCGGUCUGCAGGGUCUGCCCGGUCCGGCUGGCCCCACUGGCGAGAAGGGACCGCCGGGCUCGCCAGGCACACCCGGAGCCCCGGGCGAGCCAGGCAUGAAGGGCCCAGCCGGAAUGGACGGCAUGCCAGGUCCGCAGGGUCUGGAGGGCCCGCCGGGCCCGCGUGGUCCCAGCGGAGACACGGGGCGGCCGGGCCAGGCCGGAGCGCCGGGCCCGGCCGGUCCGCCCGGCCCGCCCGGCGAGUCGACUGGCUUCGAUGUGGCUGCGCUGCAGGCCUUCAUGCAGACGGGCCAGGACAAGGGACCCGAUCCGCUCAACAGCGACGAGCCCAUCCGCCUCGGCAAGGAGCUGACCGACGACGAGCGCAAGGAGAUCGUGCUGAUGGCCUACAACCAGCUGCAGGCGCGCUUCAAGACGCUGGUGAAGCCGGACGGCACGGCCGACGCGCCGUCCAAGACGUGUCGUGACCUGGCCGUGGCCUAUCCGGACAAGGAGAACGGCAAUUACUGGAUCGAUCCCAACGAGGGCGACAAGAAGGACGCCAUCCUGGUCUACUGUGACCUGGGUCAGCGCAUGACCUGCCUGAACCCGGACCCGGCCGUCACGCCCGAGCUGUCCGCCUCCAAACGCAGCCGUGAACACCAGUGGCUCUCAGAAGACAUCAACGGGGGAUCUGAGUUCUCCUACAAGGCGGACGCCAACCAGAUCGGCUUCCUUCAGCUGCUGUCGACGCGCGCCGAGCAGAACAUCACGUACCACUGCCGCAACCACGUGGCCGUGUACAACGCGCAGCGCGAGACGUACCGCGGCAGCCUGCGGCUGAUGAGCUGGAACGACCAGGAGGUGUAUGCCCGUGGCCGCAGCAAAUACGACACGCUCUCCGACGGCUGUCAGGGGGCGCCGUCCAGCUGGGGUCAGACCCUGAUCCGCGUCAGGACGCCGCGCACCCAGCGCCUGCCGCUCACCGACAUCGGGAUGCGCUCCGUCGGGCGGCGCGACCAGCUGUUCAAGGUCGAGAUCGGGCCUGCCUGCUUCUUCUAGAGAGCCGGCCGCGCCGGGAACAAACACUGCCAGGGCGACGUCACUGCCAGCCGGACCGGUGACGUCACUCGUCCGAAGGAGGAGGAGGAGACGGCUCGGGAGGAGGAGUGUGAGGAUCGGAGAAAAGAUGUGAGCGGACAAGACAACGUGUGUAGAAACACAAAACGAAAAACGCGGGGGGAGGAAGAUAGAAUACUUUUGGUGGAGAUGAGAGGGAAAAGGAGGAUGGAUGGUGAUGGCGGUUGAUGAGGAGUGGAGGACAGUGAUGGAAGUAGCAGGGCCAAGAUCCGGGGCUCAUUGGUGGACCGGGGGCGAUUGUCUCUGCCAGGUACCCGCCGCCGGUUGCGGCGGAUGCCCGGUCACUGCGCACGCCACUUCGCUUGGCGUGACGAGAGGGAGAACAUCCAGCGAAACUGCCCAGCAUGGUCCACCAAUGUGCCCCGGAGGGACCCGCUCUCCGCACGCGACUGACUCGGGAGAGACAAGCGUGACAUCUAGCCUUAAGUAUUUUUAUAUGUCUGUGACUUAGAUAGUCCUAGCUAUAGGUAGGUUAAGAGCAGUACUUGUGCAAUAAUGUUAUUCCUGAGCUUGUGCUUGCCUGGUUUGCUUAAGUGCCGUACUUGAGUCCCCGUGAUGUGUUCUGCAGCCCACUCUGUGCAUGUAAUUAAGUAAUUAAGGAAUAUACACAUGGUGUUUUU